AUGGGGAAAAUAGGACCCCAUACAAAACUGGCAAAAAACACAACACCAGACGGGGAAAAGACCCAAACAGACGGCACGACCGUGCCAAACUACACAACACCACGACUCCUUUCCCCCGCUGAGCAGUGGGGACGAGAAAAGCAGAGUGAAAUUUUAGCAAAAGAAAUGGCUAAAAAGAAACUCGCCAAACCGGCAAGCGCCAAAUACUCCACAGCCCGACAGAGCCGCCAAAAUCGCGCUCUGUCUGCACCACAAAAGAACACAAAGGGCACCCGCGUCGGCAUCACGAAACUCACGCAAAAAAGCCCAACCAACCGCGUCGCGUCGACUUCCGCAUCUGCGAGCAGACCGACGACGACGAACACAUCAGUAAACUCCACCCCACGACAACAGCAAGGGGCAGGGAAAAGGAAGUCACAGAUCCCCACAAGAAUACCACACAAGUUCGAGAGUCCCAACCGUUUUGACGCGUUAGGGGACUCGGAUGAGGAAGGCGAGACAACCGCCUCCCCAGACGUCAACCCGCCACCGCAACAAACACCACCAGGGGAUACACCAGCAGCUUUCACCGCUACGUCACACGACGACAACUCGACUCCCGCCGUCGCGGGUCAACAACAGCCCACCGACAGCGGAGAGGACGAGACAAAUCCAAGAAAUGUACCACCAAUAUUGGUGUACCAAUUAGAGGGACCAAUGAAUGUCCGACGCCCGUACCCAGCGGGCAAGCGGCGGAAAACAACGGGCACAGCGGCCGCCACGGAACGACGACCACAUCUCGCCGAGCGGCCGACUGGCACAACUCCACAAAAGGAAAGCAGUGGGAAGCAGCACCCGCUGCACCCACUGCGCAGAACCAAACAACUAAAACCCACGCCUCAUAAAUCGAGGAUGGUCGGGGGCCGCAAGGCCUUAUUUGACGGGGAGGAGGAGGACAUUGAAAUGCCCAAGGCGCAACAGCGUCGCAAACCGCCGCCAAUAGUCAUUAAAUUUGACGAACACUUUAGAGAGCUGCAAAACGCCAUCAGCCUUUGCAUUGGUAAAGACAACUAUACAGUGCGCGUGACUGGUGACGAACUUUUCAAAAUAUGCACCAAAACAUCUGAAGACUACCAAAAAGUGUCUCAGCUGGUGCAGGACAAGAAGUGGUCGCACUAUACGUUCAGCCCCUUAAGAACAAAGCCGCUCAAAGUAGUAUUUCGGCACUUGCCACGCACAAUCCUGCCUUCAGAAGUAAAGGAGGACCUGGAGAACAUGGGAUUCGUGGUCGAAGAGGUCGUAAGAAUGCGCCCUUUUCGCACACGCCGGCGUGGCCCACUUAUGCUGGUAACAGCCAGCAACACAACUCGUAACAGGCAGCUCUCCAGCCUCACAAAAAUAGGCAAUGUGGAAGUGAAAGCUGAAGAACUGCGCAACAAGGCGGCCUACGCACAAUACUACCGCUGCCUCGAACCUGGCCACGUCAGACAGAGCUCCGCUGCCCCGCCCACAGCGCUGCCGCGUAGACAGGUAGCCCCGACCACUGCACCCCCGCAGCAACAGGCUCCCCACCCUGCAGCGACCCAGCGCGUAGCGGACCAAUCAGCGCGAGCCGCCCGGCUCCGCAGGCACGCGCAGCGGACUAACCACCGGCAGCCGCUCGUAACAUGGCGAGCCCCAAGGACUUCCCGGAGCCAAGAUGGCGGCGUCCCACAGCGCCCCGCCAUACUGUUGGCGCCCGACAAGAUAGCGAACAAGCGGAGGCCGACGCGCGCCAUGUUACAGAGCGGCGCCACAGCCGGAACAAAGAACCCGCGCGCGCGACGAGGACGACGUGGUGGGAAGAAGCAGUCGCCAUCGUACAGAGGUAACUCCGCCCCACAGCCAGCUCCCAGGCAGAAGCAGGCACCGGCUAUGCCACAAAAUGGUGGACGAGCUCCACCCGCCGCCGCCAUUACCGCGCAAGGGCCCGCCGACGGCCAGUCUCGCAAGCAGGUAGCUCCGCCGUCCGCGCCGAGCCAAUCGCCGGCAGCCCCACCCUCCGCGCCCAUCCGGGCGCAGGAAGCUCCGCCUACCGCGCCCAGCCAAUGGGGGGCGUCCUCGCCUCCCGCACCGAGCUCCGCGCAGGAUAACAUGGCGGACUUCCCGGCUCUACGGCCACGCCCCGGGCGGCGACCUGACAAUGCCCAAACAGCCGUCCGCCAUCCCGUAGGAAACAGCAAUGGCGCCCCAACGAUCGUACCACAUGCAAAAGCUAUGAGCGGCUCACAACAAAAUGAGCGCCCAGACUCACUUGGGAACUACUGCGCCUUCUUCGAGCGCAUGUUCGGCUUAAUGGAGAAACUUAUGACGCGCGUCCUCGACGCGAUCAGUGAGAUCCCAGCCAGAAUGACGGCCGCGGUCAACCAGGCCAUUCAAGCAAACUUCCAACAACAACAGCAUGGCGGAGCCGCUGCGAGGAAUUAA